AUGGCGAUGGAGUUUGCGCCGGAUGAGAGUCGCACCUCCUUCCCCGGCAGCCUCACCAUCACCAAGACGACGCUGACGGUGUUCAAGGCAAACCGAGGCGCUAGCACCGCAGUGCGCGACCCUGCCACCAAUGAGCGCUUAUCUUUCAUUGGCGUGUGCAGCAUACCACUGAUCCAGUUCUACCGCCAUAAGAACGUCAUCACACUCAUGCGCGGCACCAGCUUCCUGUUCGAUAAUGCCGCCGCCUCGAUUGACCUCCAGCUCGGCUCCGCCGGCAGCAACCACAGAGCCUCGUCCAUUCACAACGGCAGCCACUCCCGUCGCGAUAACCCGACGAUGUGGGAGACGCUGGCGAUGCGCUUCGCCUCACUGGAGGACUGCGACCGCACUGUCGAGGUGCUGUUGACCUACAACGCGGAGGAGGCGUUUGUGCCACCGUUCCCAAUGCGCUCGCAAGGCCAUGCCUCGCGCAACACGUCAGUCACCACGAGCGUGAAGAGAUACAGCAGCCACAACUCGCCCAUCCUAAACAGCCGCCGUUCAGCGUCGAGCCACAUCAGUGAGCGUCCUGAGCGCAGAGACAGCACGCACCGCUCUAGCACGCGAGGCGACACUCCGCAGACGGAGGUAUCGACCCCGCGCAGCUCCCGCCUGCCGUACCGCCGCGAGAACGACGACAUGGCUUCUCUGUCGACGCCAUCGCAGUCGAUCCGCUCCUUGCAGCAGCGCGUGGCGCCUGGCCGCUCCACUACCACCAGAACUUCGAGCCAGCCCGACUCUGAGAAGCUGCAGGGGCCACAGCGCCGUCAUCACAGCUCCGAGAAGAAGGGCGAUAUGUCAGCAGCGACAUCAGCGUCGCACAGCCGGUUGCACUCAUCUGCGCACCAUCGACUGGCCGACCCGGCGGAGCGUGAGUUUUCCACGGUGGAGGUGCCCCGCCCGCACAGCCGCCCGCACAGCCGCCCGCACAGCCGCCCGCACAGCCGCCCGCACAGCCGCCCGCACAGCCGCCCGCACAGCCGCCCGCACAGUCACCGCAGUCAUUCCCGCGCCUCUGCGUCGUCUCGGCACCCGCACCCCAACGGUGCCGCUAUCGCCACGGAUGAAGACAUCCAUGUGCGUCGCCACGGCACCCCGCGCAGUGCGCGCAGCACGCCCAGCGCGACUUCCAGCACCACCUCCGCGUCGGCGUCCCACCGGUACGUCUCCCCAUGCACCGACACGAUGGACCGCAACUCGAGCGUCAGCCCACGAAGCCCCGUGCCACACACGAAGCUCGGGCAGGACGCCUUCCUGCACAGCAUGCAGCGGCUGCAGCACCACCGCCUCCACUUCAUGGAGCACCUCCACAAGGAAAUAGCGCACCAUGCCUACUUGGCCGAGGAGGCGAAGGUAAAGGCCGCUACGACGUCUGCCGAGACGAGCCUGUCGCGCCACCGUGCAAGCUCGGCGGCCCGAGGAGAGACGCCGGCGGAGGAGGCGGCGCGCCUGCGUGAAAUUGAGGGCCGCUUGGUGAAGGUCGAGGCCCUUCAUCGUGAAGCGGAGCGCGAGCGCGAGGAGGCUGCGCGGCUGCGUCGCGAGUACGAGUUGAGGAAUGACGAAAUAAACGUACGCAUCGGCGGCUCCCACGACGCGUCAGAGCUGAGCUCGUCCUUGGUUAGCCCACACCGUAGUAGCGUGUACCCGAUGAACGGUCAGCUGAUGGUGCUGCCGCAGCAGAACGGCGGGGGCAGCAGCUAUUUUUCGACGGGUCAUCAGGGGUGCGUCAUGUCACCUGAGUGGGCGCUGGCGGCAGAUCCAGCCGCGGCCCCCCGCCCCGACGACGUGGACCUCGGUGUCGCCAUCGUCGACCGCUACAUCUUUGGGGAGGAGUGGAAUCGUGUCUACCCUGCCUACGAGGCGGAGGUCCGCUUCAACGCGCAGAUCGACGUCUGCCUCACGAUGAAGCUACCACGUCGCCUCGUGGCCAUCACUAACAUUGCCGUUGACCGCCCCGGGUUGCGCGUGACGGCGGAGAUACGCUAUGAUCGUGUCAAGAUCGAGCGUGACGGGGUGGAGCGGCGCAUGAACGGCUGCCCGUUCCGCUUCCUUCAGCGUUUCUACGACAUGCGCGACUUGUACGACCCCAUGCACGACGGCGCCGCCGCGCUCGCCGGCAGCAGGGGUGCGCCCAUGGUGAUGAGACCAAGUGCCGUAAAUGGCCGUCGCCCCUCUGCGAUGACAUCACGCCGGGCGUCUCGCCCGGUGUCGGCGCCGCUCCGCCGCUCAAGCCAUGGCCCGCAGUACAACAAUAGUGAUGUGAGCGAGAUAGGGGAAGACUUCGAAGAUCACUACGGCAUGGACGCCCGCCACGACGACUUCCAUCGCUGCGUCGAGGAGGACUUUGUGGAAAAGCGUCGCAGGCGCAUGGCGGCGGAGCUGCGCCACCAGCUCGAAGACAACAUGGCUCAGCUAGAGCAGGAGGAGGAGUACCUCCGUGACCGCAUCCAGCUCGCCGAGGCGAAGGACCGACAAAAGGUGGGCAGGGAGGUUCGCUUGAACGUGAAGGCAACGCUAACGACUUCGCUGGCGAACUUGGAGGAGGAGGAGGGCGUGGAGCGGGCAGCCAUGGAGGUUAGCGCGGCGCGCCAGCUGCACGUGCUGAUGGGCAGCCACCGUCGAAAGCUCGCGCUUUUCGGCUUGCAGGCCAGCGAGGCGGUGCGGCGCAAGCAGAUCGGUGCGCAGGAGGCGCAGGCCCGACGCGACCUGAACGACGCUAUGAACCCAGCACUUGCCGAGCAGAGAAAGCAGGCGGUGCGUCGGGCACGCGAGGGGGAGGUUCUUGCCCGCCGCCGCGCCAUGUACCCGAGCAAGCAGGAGUUGGAGGCAGCUCUGGCGGACGUGGAGGCGGACGAGGUGGCGGCGCGCGCGAUUAUCCGCUCGAAAGCGAUGGAGGCGUUGCUAGACCUGCUCGCCCGCUCGCCGGCGCCGAAGCUCAAGGAUGGCCGCCGUGCGCCGUCGUACGCGUCGUUCACGCUGAAGGCGCUCCUGAGCGACCUGCAGGCAGACGAGGUAGCGCAGCGGCGGCAGAUCGCCGCCGAUGAGCGCCGCCGUCGCGCGCUGUACCGGCAUGAGGACGUCUUCAAGCGUGAGGCGGCGGAUCGCGUGGCCAUCGAGGGGGCGGAGGUCGACGCCCGCGACGACAUUGUGGAUGAUGUGAUGACAGUGAAUCGCCACCAUCUGGAGCGCCGGCUGAACGACCGCGAGCAGCUGCUGAGUAUGCUGAACGAGGAGCAGUUCUACCGCAAGACAGUUCUUUCGGACGAGCAGGACGCCUUCGAGGUUAUCGCGGAGCUUUUCACAGCGGGUCUGAAGGACUUGCUGGCCCGGACACCGGAGGUCGGCGACGACGACGAUGAGGAUCUGCGCCGCCGCCGCGUCAGUACGACACGCCAGGCGAAGCUGUUUCACUACAUGACGUUCUCGCCGGAUGACAUGGACUACCCACCGAGCGCCGUGCUCGCCGUCGAGGGCAUCGUCGGCUGCUCAAUCAACAAGAACCUCGAGGUGGUCAGCGUAGCCCGGCCACUGCCCAAAGCGGAGAAGGAGGACCUGCAGCUGCAGGCUGGCGACAUGAUUCUCGACGUGGCGGGCCAUUCCCUGCACUCCCUGUCGCACCUGCGUGAGGUCUUGUCGAACCGCGCCAUGCAGAUUCAGGAAGAGGCGUUUGCCGAGUUCCCAGAUGUGCCGCAGGAUCAGCUCACCACCAGCCCGGCCUUGCAGAAGUACAUUGAAGUCCUCUGCGAGCACCACAACUUCCUGGUGCAGGUGCUGCGCGGAUGUGAGAUCUACCAGAUCAUUGUUCGCUCCUAG